AUGACAACAGUUGACAACAAUCAGAGCAUGACAACAGUCGACAAUUUGAAACAAAUCAUCCGGAGAGAGAAAGAAAACGAAAUUCGAAUUCACCGCUUCCACUCCGAGGGAAAUCUGAAGACUCCUCAGAAACCGUCCAUUGUCAACACUCGCUUCCGACUGUACCAGAGAGCGCAUGCGUCUCAUGUUGCUGAGACAGGAGGAGGGUUUUUUGCUCCUGACGUAGCCCCCUUCACAAAUCAUGUCAAUGCAACCAAGAAAAUCAAGGUUCUUAUUCAUGGCUUUUUGAACAAUGGGAAAACGAAUUGGGUCACCAGAGCAAAGGAUGAAUUGUUAGUGAAGGAUGACUUUAACGUGAUUAUCGUUGAUUGGGGUUCUGGAGCACAAAUGCCAUACGAGCAAGCAGCUGGCAAUGUGUAUCUUGUGGGAGCGGAAGUGUCCUCCAUGUUGAAGCAUUUGCAUGACUAUGCCCAUGUAAACUACGCUGAUGUUCACAUCAUUGGUCAUAGUCUUGGUGCACAGAUUGCUGGACUAGCAUCCCAUCCACUACCCGGUAUUGGAAGGAUUACAGGACUGGAUCCUGCAGACCCUCUGUUCUCAGGAAAACCAGUAAGCAGACGACUUGAUCCAGAUGAUGCCACUUUUGUUGACGUCAUCCACACGGAUGCUACAACCUUCGUUUUUACAAAAGGUUAUGGAACACAUGACAUUGUUGGGGAUGUCGAUUUCUUUCCUAAUGGUGGUGAAUAUCAACCAGGCUGUCCAGAAAAACCGGCUGGAAGUGCCUUGAGCAGUCUUCUACAGGGUGCAUUUGGGUCUGUAGCAACAUCAUUGUCAUGCAGUCAUGGAAGAGCGCAUGAAUAUUUCAUCGAAUCCAUCAACUCACCCUGUAAAUUUUAUGCUCACCAGUGUGCUUCAUUAGCGGAUUUCGACCAUGGAAGGUGCAUGGCGUGUCCUGCUGGCGGUUGCGCAGUGAUGGGGUAUGAAGCAGACGACACUUCCCCUCGUGGCGUCUUUUUCCUCAGCACCUCAUCUCAUUCCCCGUAUUGUGGGCAUGAGUAUGACAUGGAAAUAGUCAUUUCUCAUUCAAUGAAUGGACACUCUUACGGAGAAUUUUUCGUUACUCUCAUUGGAACAAAGGGCCAAUCCAAGGAACUCAAAUUUUCAAGACUGAUGCAGUUUUAUUUUACCGAUACCACGGAGAGACACAUCCUUGUAGCCCACGCAGACAUCGGUGACUUUACCGGGGUCAAGGUCAGGUUUGUUCGUGGAGAUGGGUUAAAGGCUCUCGGCUCCGAACAUGAAGUGGUGGUCAGAUACGUUACUGUACAGUCGGCGGGUAUGCCGGGCGGGCAAGUCAAAUUUUGUGGACACGAUGCACACAUACAAGAGAACCACGUGGCAACUCUCCACUCUACCUUGGGAUGCUGAAGACCGGGGAUGUUUUCUUUAUCAGUCUGUUU